UAUCAGGGUUUGUCCGUCUUGAAGUUCACAUAUAUCCCAACGGUAUAGACCAUCUAAGGUUCAUGUUGAGGGAGUGCAUGACGUCGGUCGGGAUCAAGGUACCUCCAAUCUUCAUCUAUGUCCCUGUCAUUCUCGGUUACAUUCGGAACCGUACCAUAGUCCCUUACAGAAACUCAAGUGUCGAGUGACAGAGCCGUGACCAUGGCGCAGGAAACCAAGAUUGAUCUGUACACGGCUGGCACGCCAAACGGCCAGAAGAUCUCUUGUACACUCGAGGAACUUGGAUUGAAAUAUAAUGUCCACCAUGUCGAUAUUUCGAAGAACCAGCAAAAGGAAGAAUGGUUCCUCAAGAUCAACCCCAACGGCCGCAUCCCAGCCAUCGUCGACCACACCUCCGGCAAACCGCAACGCAUCUUCGAAGGCGCAGCAAUCCAACUCUACCUCUGCUCGAAAUACGACCCAAAGCACAACAUCUCCUUCCCCUACGACAGCGCCGAGUACUGGGAAAUGGUCUCCUGGCUCACCUGGAUGCAAUCCGGCAUCGGACCCAUGCAAGGCCAAGCGAACCAUUUCUACCGUUACGCCCCGACGAAGAUCGAUUACGCGAUCAACCGGUAUCAAACGGAGACGAAGCGGUUGUAUGGGGUCUUGAAUGAUCGAUUGAAGGGAGCGGAGAGUGGGGGUUGGUUGGUUGGGAGGAAGUAUACGAUUGCGGAUUUGUGUUGUUUCAGUUGGGUUAACUGGGCGGAGUGGGCUGGGGUGGAGACGAAGACGUUUCCGGAGUUGCAGGGGUGGUUGGAGCGGAUUCAGGGGAGGGAGGCGGUGAGGAGGGGGGUGGAUGUGCCGGAGAAGUUUGAGAUGAAGGAGAAGAUGAAGACGAAGGAGGGAGAGGAGGAGUAUGCGAAGCAUCAUUCCAACUGGGUAAUGCAGGGGAUGAAGGAGGAUCAGGAGAAGCAUCGGUGAGGUUUGUACCGCACCUACACGAUCCAGCCUUGUGGUGGACACGACACAAACGAAGCCAUAUAACAUCAGCACUUCCUGCGGGGCGAUGUCGGAAGAAGCGGUGAUCUAUCGACGUGGCCGCGCUCGUGAAUGAAACUACUGCUUGCCUCCCGGUAGGGCUUGCGAUAAGCGGGCCAUCGCGGC